AUGGCUGUCCACAUUUUCGGUAAACACGUCAAGCACAACAGUUUGGUUAGCCAUGGCUUGAAGAAGGCUAUCUUUGGUAUUGGAUACCACACAGCAGAAAGAAUCUGUGCCAAGGUCGGAUUGUACCCACAAAUGAGAAUGAACCAAUUAUCUGAACCCCAAAUUAUGGACUUGAACAAGGAAGUUUCUGAAAUGAUGGUCGAGGGUCAAUUAAAGCAAAAGAUAAAUAAUGACAUCCAGCUCAAGAGAGACACCGGUUCUUACGCUGGUUACAGACACGCCAACAGCUUACCAGUUCGUGGUCAAGGUACCAGAUCUAACGGUCAAACCGCUAAGAGAUUGAACAAGAUUCCAAGAUACAAGAUCUAAUCAGGUUAAUGUCAGUUCCAACUAGGGUGUCCCUCAAA